GGCAGUGCGCAGCUGUCGUGCCCGUCAGCCGGCUCUGGGUGAAACAUCUGCGAGUGGGCCCCGGGAGAUGGCUGAAGUUGAAGAAACUCUGAAGAGAAUUCAGAGCCAGAGAGGUGUAGUAGGCGUUAUUGUUGUCAAUGCAGAAGGUAUUCCCAUCCGGACGACCAUGGACAAUGUGAGCACAGCCCAGUACGCAGGACUUAUCCACCAACUGUCAAUGAAAGCUAGGAGCACCAUUCGGGACAUUGAUCCACAGAAUGACCUCACCUUCCUCAGAAUCCGCUGCAAGAAAAAUGAAAUCAUGGUCGCACCUGAUAAGGAGUAUUUGCUGAUGGUCAUACAGAACACCAAUGAAUCGUCUCUGUAAUAUUACCGGGGUAAACCUUUUGAACAGUUUCAAGACUGUAUGGAAACACUAAUUUACGUGAUGGUGAUUAGAGGCAUUGCAUUUUCAUCGCUCCUGCUCGAGACCACGGCUAUACUCGCCGUAGCAUAACUCCUGUGCUUCUAUGAUGCUUUUCCUGAAACAAGUGACAGUGGUUGCUUUCUUUUAAGUAGUUGAAAGAGUCUGUUGUUCAUUAUCCAGUGCCCUGCUGCUUGUAACUCAUAAUGUGUUUGUUCAUUUGCUUUGGACACCUAUUAUCAAUUGGUGCAAUAGAGGCACUCUCUAAUUUUAUUGAUGAAGUCACAUUUUAAACACCAUCAAUCCGUAGAGAAACUAAUCCAAUGCAGAGCUUUCUUUUGGGAAAUUGGAACUAUUUCCCAGUGUAAUUUGCUCUAAUUAACACAUAAUGGUGACCUUAUUUAAAAUUAUAGUGCUUUGGGUCCUCAACGGCUAACUGUUUUAUUUUCUGCCAUGUAAGGAUUGGUUUGUUGUCCUGCCUAGAGUAAUCGGACAGAGAGAGGAUAAAUGUAGUUAGAAUAUCUUUAGAUUGGAAAAUUAUGGUCAUUAAAAGGAUCGAUCCUCCAAGUAGGAGAGAAUUGAUCUUUCUCUUUUUAGAUUUUUAAUUAUUUCCCAAAAUAAAUGUUUGGUUUAAAAGAAA